CAAUGAUUUUAUUCACAUCCCAUGGAGACGAAAACCAAAUUCAUCAUGGUGUAAUUGUGAUGAUCCAAAUGAGUACUUCAGGUCUGUUUGUAGCCUUAUUUUCUGGUUACGUACUGACAACAUAUUCGCAUUUUCUCUAGUAAGUCCUAUUUUGUUUCAGGAUAUGAGGGGUAUAGCUCAGGACCACGUCCCUAGCAGCCACCACGCUGCUGAUGUCAUUGGAGAGGUCGCCGUUGCAGUAGUGCUGCUUGGCCAUGGACAACCUCAAGCACGAGGUGACCAGGAUGGACACACUCGCGCACAUCACCUUCAAGGGCCUUUUCAAGUUGCUUGAAUGCUUUGUGUACAUCUGUUCUCUAAUCUGGUACUUAUUGAUACUUGUACUACAAUGUGAUUCAACAAACGCAAUGGUGCUGCAAUAUAAAUGGACUUGUCCAGCAAUCUGUUGUGGGGAUCAGGAGCCUCACUCGUCUGCGUUUCCUGUAGGAGUGUGUCUACCAAUUUCUUCUGGGUGGAGGGGGUUCCUGAGCGUCAGCAUCCUCAGAACAUUCAAGAUUAACUUGAAGGAACAUUGCGUUGGACGAGUUUGGCUGCCGUAAAGACUAAAGUGGAGUUAUGAAUGCCCGCUGAAUCGAGCUCGCUAAUCCAAUGAAGAAUGCUUUAAUUUUUAAA